AUGGAAGGGCAGCAAGGGCAAGAAAGCCCCGUAACCCUCGCACGUGCCCGUCAUUUCAAGAAAGGCGAAUAUGCGGAGGCCGAAGCACUGUACUCCGCUUACAUUCGCCAGUGCGCCUGUGCGGGCUCCGAGGGAGCGGCGCCCUGGAGCAAAUGCAGCCCUGAGGAUUUGGCUACUGCAUAUAACAACAGGGGGCAAAUCAAGUACUUCAGGGUUGAUUUUUAUGACGCCAUGGACGACUACACCUCUGCCAUAGAAGCCCAACCCGAUUUUGAAGUUCCGUAUUACAACAGAGGGUUGAUACUGUAUAGGCUGGGAUGCUUUGAUGAUGCUUUGGAAGAUUUCAAGAAAGUAUUAGACUUAAAUCCUGGAUUUCAAGAUGCUAUCUUGAGCUUAAAACAGACUAUUCUAGACAAAGAAGAAAAGCAAAGAAGAAAUUACUGAAAAUUUUAACAUAAUUGUAAUAGUCACUCAUGGUUCUUGUGUGGCAUCUCAUUGCGUCUGAUUGAAAGUGGGUGCUAAGCUCUUUUGAUGUAUAUUUAAUGUAAAGAGGUUCAUGGCUUAGCACUGAAAGUGAAAUGAUGUAUGUAAGGUAGUUAAUUUUGGCUUGGGUAACUGUUGAAUAGGCAUGCUUUUAUAAAGUGUAAAUAAGUAAUAACAAUGUAUAAUUGUAUAUUAUUCUUACAGUAAAAUAUUUAAAGAAAUGUGAGGUAUUUUCUUCAGUGGAACUAUUUAUUUUGCUGGGUUUUUAUUCCCGACCUUUUAUUUAAAAUUUUUUACCUCCACAGAAAAUUGGAAGCAAAACGCAAUAAACACUUACAAAGUGUUCACUUUGAUUCAUCACCGCUUGUUAGCAUGGCGUCACAUUUGCUUUUUCACUAUAUUUAAAUAUAUAACCUUUGCUGAACCAUUUGAAAAUAAGCUGCAGAUAUCACAAUACUUUACCCCUAAUAUUUCAGCCUGCAUUUUCUAAGAACAGAGACAGCCUUCUUUACAGCCACAAUACCAUUAUGAUACCUCAUAAAAAUCAUAAUUCUAUAAUAUCAUGCAUACCCAGCCCAUAUUCAAAUUCCCCAAUUGUUUCCAAAAUGUCUUGUAUAGCUUUUUAUUUCUAGGUCUGGAGUCAAUCACGUUACAUUGCAUUUUGUUGUUAAGUCUCUUUGUGUCCUUUUAAUCUGCAAUAGUUCCCUGCCCAUUUUCUCCCCAUAGCAUUCACUUUGAGAGCAAAGCUAUUUUUAUACAGCUGGCUAGAGACAUAUAACACUUGGACUUAAAAAUAAACACAUGUCUUACCUGAGAGCCAUUGGAAAGAA